AUGCUUUUUCUGUUUAUGGGACUCAUCAUGUCUUUGGCAUCUUCAGUAUACAGAGGUGAAGGAGGUGAUUACCGUGGGAGACAUAUCGAUCUCAGAGAUAUACGUAGCAAACUAAAUGUAUAUGAUUCGGAUGCAAAGAACGAGUACAAUGAAGACCACACGAAGAGAAAUGUUAUCAUGGAUAACGAUACGUUUGAUAUGUUUUUCCGUCCGGAUGAAGGAGAAAAAAAAGAAGAUGAAUAUAUUCCAACGAAGGAUGAAUUAAAGGCAGAAGAAAAUAUGAGAGAGUUUGAGGAUGACAAGGACAAGUAUCUCUCAUUUUUGAGAAAAGAGUUUGGUAUAACGAGGUAA